GCGUCAAUGUCAGGCGAUAGUAGCAGCAGUCAGUCAGUAUUAGUAAUUGUCAAAUCAAAGUCCUGUGAGGUGCAUAAUUGAGGAAGGCGACCCCAAAUUUCCUAACACAUACUAUUUUUUGGAAUACUUCUUCGGGAAACUAUGGUAUCAUCGGUUUAAAUUGUGCGAGAGUUGUGAUUGCGCAGCGCUCGGAAUGAGACGUUACCUGGAGGUCUUCCUCUGCAGUGAAUUCACCACCAAAAAAAGCAACAGCUACGAUGCAGUUCCAUUUCCUCUAACACAAAGAGCAUAGAAACAUCGCACACAAGCAUUCUCCAAAGAUGGCAUCGAUCGUGGAGACUGCACAGCAGCCCUACAUCAAGAACAUCGAAUGGCACAUGAUGGACAAGACCAAGUUCUUUCCCUUGUCCAUGUUGAGCUCCUUCACCGUACGAUGUGCGCUGUAUCCCCUGACCCUAAUCAAGACCCGGCUGCAGAUCCAGAAGCACAACAACAUGUAUUCCGGUAUGUUUGAUGCUUAUGGAAAGAUCCUCAGAUAUGAAGGUUUCUCCGGUCUGUACCGCGGUUUCUGGAUCUCCUCAGUACAAAUAUUCAGUGGCGUUUUUUACGUGUCUACGUACGAAGGCGUUCGUCACGUUUUAGCUCAAAAGGAUGUGGAUACGCGGAUCAGGGCUUUGGUGGCCGGCGGAGCCGCCUCUAUUGUCGGGCAGACGAUCAUAGUGCCCUUUGACAUCCUCAGUCAGCAUAUGAUGAUGAUGGGAAUACCGCCUGUGAAGGGUGCAAAGUUAGAACUUAACCCGCUGGGAAUCAGGGAAGAUCUGACGAAAGGAAAAUUCGCUAUGACAACGGAAGUGAUGAGGCAAAUUCUGCGCACGGACGGGCUUUCCGGUUUCUACCGAGGCUACACCGCAAGCCUGUGCGCUUACGUACCCAACUCCGCGUUGUGGUGGGCUUUUUACCAAUUUUAUCAAGAUGAGUUGUACAGGCUACUUCCGUCGUGGGUGUCGCACCUGCUGAUCCAAACAAUCGCUGGAACGUUCGGAGGCUUCACGACGACAAUCAUAACAAAUCCGUUGGACGUGGUGAGAGCGCGGCUGCAGGUGCAGAGGAUGGCCUCGAUGAAGUUGGCGUUCCGGGAACUCUGGCAGGAGGAGAAAUUCCGAAUGUUUUCGAAGGGUCUGAGCGCUCGCCUCAUCCAAUCGGCGACGUUCAGUUUCAGCAUAAUCCUAGGAUACGAGACUAUAAAACGGGUGUCCGUGAACGACGAGUACAAGGCCUACGUGAGGUGGUGAUGACUCUUUCGCGUUUUAAACGCAUUAAUACCAAAAAGAAGAGAGAACAUAAUAUAUAAUAAUUAAUGAAUAAAUACGCACACAUACAAAAACGCACGCAUCCACCCACUCGCAAAGGCAAAUAAUAAGGAAGGUAAACAAACUAAAUCAAACACUUUAGAUCAAAUCUGUCGUUUCCUCAAUUAUCAUUAUUCUGUUUAAAUUAUUUAAAUACAUGAAUCGUCUGUU